GAGUUUUGGAGCGGCGUACACGGCUUCCCGUUGUUGCAAAACAUCGUGACGACGGUUUUCGCCUCAGCAUGUUCCAGUGCAGCCGCCGAAAGGAAUUUCUCGGCGCACAAGUUUGUGCACUCGCAACUUCGCAAUUGCUUGAAGGAAGCAAACGUCGAGAAGCUGGUGUUCAUCUUCUUCAACAUGAAGAAUCUCCAGCACGAAGAUGUGGAC